UGUUGACUGUUGUCGCUGCAUUUUGCACGAUGAAUUCACGAGCAUACACAGUAGCUGGUGCAAUGUCAUCGCUUCGUUAACAGGCAGCAAACUGAAGGAGGAACAAAUCUGUCCCUUCGGCUGCAGACGUACUUGUCUUCACUAAUGCUUGCCGUGCCUCGAUACAGUUGCUGAAGGAGGAAGCCUCUCAGUGAUGCGUUUGUCAUCGGUUUAAGACAUAAAGGAGGAAUUGUAUUCACCCCGACAGGAAGAGGGACCGCAGCUCGGGAAGUUCAUGUGACAAAACCUGCUUUUUUUGAGCCGAAGCAGAAGGCUGACUGGACCGCGUCCCUUGUACCACUCAAAAUGGCCAUUGCGCGACAAUUUGGACUUCUGGUGUGGAAAAACUAUCUUCAGCAGAAACGUCAAAUCCUGGUAACUCUGGUGGAGAUACUCCUGCCCCUGCUCUUCUCCGGCAUCCUCAUCGUGCUACGUCAGAAGGUGCCUUUUAAGGACUACCCAAAUGCCACCAUCUAUGAGAGCUACGCCGUUGACAUGCUACCCGGUAGAUUGUCGCACCGCUUGCAGCUGGCUUAUGUGCCCGGUAACUCCAGUGUGGUGCGUCAGGUGGCCCAGGAUGUGCGAGAGAGCCUGGCUCUCUCUUCAGUGCGUGGCUUUGAGACAGAGGAGCUGUUUGAGGACUAUGUGAGAAAUGACCCCCUGUCAGGAAAGCUGCUGGCUGCUGUGGUGUUUGAGCACCCCUUCACCCACGAUGAUGAACCUCUGCCACUAAAGGUGAGUUACCACCUGCGUUUCAGUUUCACACCACGCAAUGCCCCACCCAAGGAGAGGUCGGAGCUGAACCCCAACAGUGACCUGGACUGGCACACACUCAGCCUCUAUCCCCUCUUUCAACUGCCAGGGCCGAGGGAGCAGUAUGACAAGGAAGGGGGCACGCCUGGCUAUUUCCGAGAGGGAUUCCUUGCUGUACAGCAUGCAGUGGACCUAGCCAUCAUGCGCUCUUACAACAGAACGUCUGCUGCCUCUUUGUUGGGACAUAUCAGAGUGGUCCUGUCCCGUUUUCCUUACCCUGCCUUCAUAUACGACGUCUUCAUCCUAGCCAUUCAGAACCAACUGCCCCUAUUACUGGUGCUCAGUUUUACCUACACCUCCCUCAACAUAGUACGAUCUGUGGUACAGGAGAAGGAAAGGAAGCUCAAGGAGUACAUGAGGAUGAUGGGUCUCAGCAACUGGCUCCACUGGAGUGCCUGGUUCCUCAUGUUCUUUCUCUUCCUCUCCAUUUCAAUAUUUUUUGUCACUCUGCUCCUUUGUAUCCAGGUGAGCCCUAACGGAGCAGUGCUGACCUACAGCGACCCCACGCUCGUCUUUGUCUUCCUGCUCGUCUUCACUGUGGCCACCAUCAACUUCAGCUUCAUGAUCAGUGCCUUCUUCUCACAAGCAAAUGUGGCAGCAGCAGCAGGCGGCUUCAUCUAUUUCCUGAGCUACCUGCCUUAUUUGUUCCUGUGGCCACGCUAUGACCUGCUUAGCCAUGCCCAGAAGGUGUCAGCCUGCCUCAUCUCUAAUGUGGCCAUGGCCAUGGGAGCUCAGCUCAUAGGAAUGUUUGAAGGCAAAGGAAUGGGAAUCCAGUGGUCAAACUUGUUUGACUCUGUGACGGUGGAUGAUGACUUCUCUCUGGCCCAGGUGUUAGGCUUGCUGCUGUUCGACUCUGUACUCUAUGGCUUGGUGGCCUGGUACAUGGAGGCUGUUUUUCCUGGCGAGUACGGAGUGCCUCUACCAUCUUACUUCUUUGUACUGCCUUCAUACUGGUGCAGCAGUCCCCGCAUGGCUUUGGUGAAUGAGAAAGAGGAAGAGGAGGAUGCAGAAAAGGCUUUGAAAGGGGAGUUCAUAGAGGAGGAGCCAGCUGGACUAGUCUCCGGGGUAAAGAUUAAACACCUUGCUAAGGAAUUCAAAGUAGGCAACAAGACACGGCAGGCUGUGCGGGAUCUCACAAUGAACAUGUUUGAGGGACAAAUCACGGUGCUGCUAGGACACAACGGUGCUGGGAAGACAACAACAUUGUCCAUGCUGACAGGGCUGUUUCCUCCCACCAGUGGCAGGGCCUAUAUCAACGGUUACGACAUCUGUCAGGACAUGGCUCUGAUCCGCCGCAGUCUGGGACUCUGUCCCCAGCACGAUGUACUGUUUGAUAACCUUACUGUCAGAGAGCACCUGCUCUUCUACGCUCAGCUGAAAGGCUUCUCCAAAGAGAAGAUUCCAGAUGAGGUAGACAGGACUAUCCGUAUCCUGAACCUUGAGGACAAGCGACAGGCUCGCUCCAAGACCCUCUCUGGGGGCAUGAAGAGGAAACUCUCCAUUGGCAUUGCCCUCAUUGGAGACUCCAAGGUGGUGAUGUUAGAUGAGCCAACAUCAGGUAUGGACCCAUCGGCUCGACGUGCCACCUGGGACCUUCUGCAAGGGGAGAAGCGCGAUCGCACCAUCCUGCUCACCACGCACUUUAUGGAUGAGGCCGACCUGCUCGGUGACCGCAUUGCCAUCAUGGCAGGAGGAGAGCUGCAGUGCAGCGGGUCACCACUCUUUCUUAAGAACAAAUAUGGUGCUGGUUACCACAUGGUAAUAGUAAAGGAUGCUCUUUGUAAUGUGUCCGAGAUCACCCGCCUUGUCCACAUGUAUGUUCCUAAUGCCACACUGGAGAGCAGCGCGGGGGCAGAGCUUGCUUACAUCUUGCCCAAAGAAAGCACCAGCAGGUUUGAGCUGCUGUUUGCUGAGCUGGAGAUGAACAGGGAGGAGCUGGGCAUCGCCAGCUACGGAGCUUCAGUAACAACUAUGGAAGAGGUUUUCCUCAGGGUCGGAAAGUUGGUGGAUUCAAGUUUGGACAUCCAGGCAAUCCAGCUUCCAGCCCUGCAGUAUCAACAUGAGAGACGCUCCCAUGACUGGACCACAGACGACGCCAGCAGCAGCAGCGGCAUGACCGAUGUCACUGACUUCACAGACAGCGGCACGCUCAUUUCAGAGGACUGCUCCAACAUCAAGCUAAACACUGGGGCCAGGCUACACCUACAACAGUUUUAUGCCAUGUUCCUGAAGAGGGCCCUGUACAGCUGGAGAAACUGGAAGGUGAUGGUGGCUCAGUUCCUGGUCCCUUUGGUUUUCACUGUUUUGGCUUUAGUUGUGGCACGCACCAUUCCCAAUCACCAGGAUGCUCCUCAGCUGAGGCUGGCACUCAGCCGCUAUGGUUCCACCAGGGUCCCUGUGGCUCUGCCGCCUGCCGUAGGUCCCCUGGCCUCUGCCCUGGCAAAUACAUACAGUUCACAGCUCUCUGCCCAGCUUGGCCAGCUUAUCAAUAUCACAGACUUCACUGAUUUCAUCCUGACCCAGGCAGAGGAAGAAGGCGGCAGCUUUAAUGAGCGCUGUGUGGUGGGUGCUGCUUUCCGCGGCAGCAGCAGCCGAUUUGCAGAAGCAACAGCAUACUUCAAUAACGAGGGCUACCAUACACCCGCCACAUCCCUAAUGUUGAUGGACAACGCUUUGUUCAAACUUCUAGCAGGUCCGAAUGCAUCCAUCCAGACGGGCAAUUACCCCAUGCCACGCAACCUGUCUGAGAUCGCCCACAGCCAGCUCAACGAGGGAAAGACAGGCUUCAUCAUCGCCAUCAACCUGAUGUACGGCAUGGCCUCCCUGUCUAGCACAUUUGCCCUCCUGCUCGUAACAGAGUCCUCUAUCAAGUCUAAACAUGUGCAGCAGGUCAGCGGUGUCUACCUUUCAAACUUCUGGUUUUCUGCCUUGCUGUGGGACCUGGUCAAUUUCCUGCUGCCCUGUCUCCUCAUGCUGGUGGUGUUUCAGGCAUUUGGAAUCAAGGCUUUUGUAGACAACAACCACUUGGUGGAUGUGUUGUUGUUACUGCUGCUGUAUGGCUGGGCUGUUGUGCCUCUUAUGUACCUGCUCAGCUUCUUCUUUUCCACUGCCGCUACUGCCUACACACGCCUCACCAUCUUCAACAUGAUCUCUGGCACGGCCACCUUUCUGACUGUCACCAUCAUGACCAUCCCAGAGUUGAAUCUGAAGGACCUGUCGCACUUGCUGGAUAAAGUGUUCCUGAUCUUUCCAAACUAUUGUCUGGGCAUGUCCUUCAGCCAGUUCUACCAGAACUACGAAUUCAUCUCGUUUUGCACUUCCAGUCCAAUCAGCGAGACCGUGUGCAACUACUUAAACAUCACGUACCAGAAAAACUACUUUUCGAUGUCGGAGCCUGGUGUGGGACGCUUCCUCGUGGCCUUCUCCUUGCAGGGUGUUGUCUUUAUUAUUUUGCUGUUUGUCAUCGAGCUGCAGUGUGUCCGCACUCUCCGGCGAUUCCUUACCUCUCUGGGCAGAAGACGGAAACAGUUACCUCUUAUAGAGGAUACAGCACUGCUUCCAGAGGACAGGGACGUGGCAGAAGAGAGAAAAAGGGUCCUGGAGUGCCAGCCAAUAUUAGAGUCUAUGGUUGGCAGCCCCCUCAUACUACAGGAGCUCAGCAAGGUGUACAGCAGCGGGGAGAGUCUUCUGGCUGUGGACAGGCUGUCUCUAGCUGUAGGGAAAGGGGAGUGUUUUGGGCUCCUAGGCUUUAAUGGAGCAGGCAAGACAACAACCUUUAAGAUGCUGACUGGUGAUGAGAGCGUUACCUCCGGGGAUGCCUACAUCGAUGGAUACAGCAUCUUGAGGGACAUUAAAAAGGUGCAGCAGCGCAUUGGUUACUGCCCUCAGUUUGAUGCCGUGUUGGACCACAUGACAGGAAGAGAAACUCUGAGUAUGUAUGCCAGGCUCAGAGGAAUACCAGAGAAGUAUGUGUCUGGCUGUGUGGAGAAUGUCUUGCGGUCGCUGCUGCUGGAGCCUCAUGCCGAUAAACUGAUCCGCAGCUACAGUGGCGGUAACAAGCGGAAGCUGAGUGCAGGCAUGGCUCUGAUCGGUGGGCCUCCGGUCAUCUUUCUGGAUGAGCCUUCGACCGGGAUGGACCCUGUGGCCAGGAGGCUGCUAUGGGAUGCUGUAACACGCACACGGGAGUCUGGAAAGGCCAUAAUCAUCACUUCUCAUAGUAUGGAGGAGUGUGAGGCCCUGUGUACCAGGCUGGCAGUGAUGGUCAACGGUCAGUUCAAGUGCCUCGGGAGUCCCCAACACCUGAAGAGCAAGUUUGGCAGUGGCUACACCCUGCUGGCAAAAAUACACACAGAGGCUGAGUUGGAAGACACUGAACUGCAGCUUUUUAAAGACUUCAUCGAAAGUACCUUCCCAGGAAGUCAACUAAAGGAUGAGCACCAGGGAAUGGUGCACUAUCAUUUGACUGACAAAACACUUACCUGGGCACAGGUGUUUGGCACUUUGGAGGCAGCCAAAGAGAAAUACCAGAUUGAAGACUACUGUGUGAGCCAGAUAUCACUGGAGCAGGUGUUUCUUAGCUUUGCCCAGUUCCAGCACUGCAAGGAGAGUAGGAGAAAGUAAGUGAUGCAAGGAAUCCGUCCAACACGGCCUUGUUUGGUCACACGUCAAAUGUGUACACAGGCUGGAGCAGGUUUUAUUAAUAUCAGCUCCAUUUUUACCGUGACCAACAACACACACACACACACACACACACACACACACACACACACACACCAGGGCCAGUUGCAUCAACUUCAGCAUUUCUACUACUGUAUCAAGUCAGUGUGUCUUUUGUUGGGUCAUUCGUUACGUUGCUAUUGUUAUUGUGUGACAAAGAAGUAGAAUUGUAAUUAUUAUGUGUGGGGAUGAUGAUUAUACCAAGUAAUGAACUGCACUUUUUUAGUGAGGUCAAAGACAAUGAAACCACUUACUAGAUACUACCACUACUCUGUAUUGUGUGUGUGACCGUUAAUAUUUGUGUGUGUACGGCUUGUCUUUUUUGUUAUUUAUGAUUUUAUUUGAUUGCUUAUGUUACCAAGAGUUUGCGCUUUUUUUCUGGGAUCACCACAAGAGAAUGAACUACUCAGUUUGAUACGUGAAUGAAAUUGUUUGCACACCGUUGCGCCUUAUGUAACUAAAGAGGGUUAUUGUUUCUUUAUAUUACCCUGUACAAAAUGCCUGGUUAUCCUUAAGAGCCUCUCAAUGUUGUUGCCAGAUAUAAAUAAUGUGAUGUGUUCAUGGUACUAAAAACCACUUAGUCGCCAGGCCUGAGCAGAACAUUUACUCUUGUAUAGCUGUUUUAGGCAAAUUAAUGAAUGCAUGUAUACAAUACAAUUAACAGAGUGCAUGAUACUAGAAAAGCAGAGAGCUGCUAGCGAUAUACUAGUAGACGGUCCUCAUUGAGGAGUAAUCCUCUGAGUACAUUUAGUCCCGAGUACAUUUUAACACGCCUCCAUUGUCCAGGUCUUGGGAACCAAUGUUUUGGUAUCCCUGCCAAACAAGUUACACCAACAGUGUGUUACCAUGUGGGCAUCCAGCCAAUUGCAGUUUACAUGGAAGCUAUUUAGGAAUCAAUCAUUGGGUCACGCAGGGGAUUACUUUCAAAUGUGGUGGGAUGUCUUGCCUUUAAAUCAAGUUGCUUCAGAUGGUAUGGGAUUUAUUUGGGUCUAAAAACAAAUACCUUUUUGAGGAGUGUUUUCACUUUUUCCCCCACACGGUACACAUGUGUGUGAGUGUGACAAUGCUUAGCUUAACAAUUGAUUUAAAAAGUUCUUUUGUAGCAAUACUUUUACAUCUUUUGAAAUGUACAAUUUGGUGGCUAUAAAUUAAAUGAAUGUGUGUGGUACAGAGAGUAUGGCAAAUCAUGACUCAUGAUUUCAUCCAGACUAUGGUUAAACAAUGCAAUGAUAGUCCUUAAAUAUUGUGUGGACAACCUUUACUGCUGUAUAGAGCUGCUCCUUCAGCGUUAUUUAACUUAAAAAGGCCCAACAUUAUAAUAGAGGGUAAAAACACAAGUUAAAUCCUCUACAAAUAGAUCCCUUGUUCUGAGGAAGAAGGAUCAGCGCAAUGUUUGUUCCUCUUUCAUUUGGAUGUGCUUCUAUGAACCUGUCAUGUCAGAGCGUUCCCAAUGUAUCACUUUCUUAAAGCCUUAUUUGUACUUUAAAGAACUUGUAAAAGUAUGUAUUCUGUAAGAAUAUUUUGAAUAACAUUCAAAGUUUCAAAAAGAGAUAUCCCUCACAUUGAUGAGAAGUUUCUUGCUUUUCAUCAGUGUUAAAGACUAAUAAUAUAAUGUGGAAUGAAUCAGCAAUCACAUAACUGUACAAAUGCACAAAUGACAUUCCUACUCUCCAAACAUCACUCUGACUUCACAGAAGUGAGAUGAAUGUAUUUACGGUCUUACACAAAAGGAAAAAGCACUCCCAGUUAUAAACUUUAUCAACAGCAUCAUGCUUUCUUCAUGUUAUCAGAUAUGUUUGUGAGAAGAAAAGUAGAGACGGACACUUUAAAAAGACCUGGAUAUGUGGCUUAUUGGUCUUCAAAGAAUUUUAACCUUAUAAUUGUGACUAUUUUGUUUGUGUAUUUUCUAAAUUUGUUUCUCAUUACAUGUAUGACUUGAAUCAAUUGCAAUGUUAGAUACUUAGUUUGAGGAGAAAUAGAAAGGUUUACACUGCAGAUGUUGAAGGAUGGAGUUAUGCUGAAAUACAGUAAAUCAUAUUUGAAAAGGGAAUUUCCAUCAUUGUAAUUGUAUACUGGACUGUACCAUAAAACUGACCAUGUCAACUGUAUAUGUAUCGCUGUUCUUUUUAAAUUAAAAUAAUGUUCUAUGCAAAU